AUGUCGACCACAGUUCCAGGUCGGCCCCGGCCCCAGCCCCAGCCUCAACCGUUUCCUCCUGCCGACACCUUUGACCCGGAUGAAGUGGUGCCGCGAGACAGCCCUCUCAUGCAGGCCCUACGUCCCAAGCUCGAACUGUCACCGAGUCCACCACCGGACAUACCGCCAGCCCAAGUUAGUCUCAGCCCUCUUCUUCCUCCUGCCGACGACUGCCCCGCCUCUAAUCGCUCCAAGAUCCGACCUAGCUCGGGCGACGCCGUUCUCGUCUCCUACCUCGAUAAUGGUCGCCAUCCGGACAUAGCACGUGCGGCCGGCGACCAGACUUUGCCUGAGCUUGACCUGGACGAGCCAGCCCGUAUCUCUGCCUCCCCGAAGCCCGACGAGUCGCCAUCGAGACGUGAUGCGGCGACGGAGCAACAUGCGUUCGACCCUGACAUGACGACGUCAACCCUGCGGCAUCUCGCCACCGACGCCCUCCAAGCCGUCUCUACCGACCGCCCACCGCACCGUGCAGCCUCCAACGACGCUCGGGAAAUCUCGGUCGACACUGGCCGACUGUCCAUUUGCAACGAGCGAGUGAAGAAUGCUGCCGCGUACUCCCCCGGCAGACCCUCCGCCCAUCUCCAGACGGACACGAGGUCUCCAAGCGCAAGGCUGGCCAUGCCUGCAACCGGCGAGUUGCCGCCUCUUCAGAUUGAUUCCCCCAAGGACGAGUCCAGUGGCCACAACCUGCCGUCGAUUCGCUUGACCUUUGGUGACAUCAAUCGCAUACCGUCCACCGAACCGUCCACGCCGGCUGAUGUGGAAGUACCCGCCCUUCGUGCCGGAACAGGCGCAGCUUUCAAGCCGUCGCCCUCAGCCGCCGCCCCUCAGCUACCUCUGAUGCCUCUUUCCCAUGUCUCGCCACCGAUAUCUCCCAACGAGCCGUACCACCGGAGCCUGCCGUCGCCACCCUCGCUAUCGGCCUCCAGCCCCUACAGUUACUACCAGACGACAGGUCUCGGCCACAGACCGAGUAUCGAAUGCACCACCGUCACCGUUGGCGAAACCCCCAACACCGAUCGUUCGGCGUCUACCCCUGCUACCGUGGCUUCAGUGGCGGAUCGCAUGAGCAUCGACGGCAUCACCAACCCCCCAGUCGCCAGCUAUAUCUGUGGCUACUCGGGAUGCACGGCCCCUCCUUUCCAGACCCAAUAUCUGCUGAAUUCCCACCGCAAUGUUCAUUCAUCCGCCCGUCCACAUUUCUGCCCCGUCAAGGGUUGUUCUCGAAGUGAAGGGGGAAAGGGAUUCAAGCGGAAAAAUGAAAUGAUACGACACGGGUUGGUGCACGACUCUCCCGGAUACGUCUGCCCUUUCUGUCCAGAUCGGGAACACAAGUACCCCCGACCAGAUAAUCUGCAAAGGUACGCAACUCUGGAUCGAGUGAAGAACUACGUCCGAGUACUAUCAUUGUUGACUGAGGCUCCAGGCAUGUUCGGGUCCACCAUGUAG